AUGCACCACGCAGUAUCUAGCCAUCAUUCCCUCCCCGCGAUCGAGCCCUCCACUCCGCUCGCACUGAUUGCCAUUUGCCUCCCACCAGUCCACCGCACCCUGCACCGCGCGCGUGCCGGCCGGCCGGCAACCAUGUCUCCGCGACGCUGCGCGGGCCGCGUCCCACCGCCGAGCAGGGAGCGGGAGCACCACCCGUCCUUCUCCGCGGCGCUGCUCGACGCCAUCUACCACUCGCUCGACGCCGACGCCUGCGCGCCCGCCGGGGAGCUCCGCCGGGCCAACGUGUCCCCGUCCGAGAUGCCGUCGCCGCCUCCCAGCCGUCACCGGCGUCCGUCCACCGCCUCGUCGCCGUCCGUGUCCUCUGCACGAUCGCCUCGGCCGCCCAAGCCGCCGCGGCCGUGCCGCGUCCUGCCCCACCCGCAAGCCACGUCGCUUCUCUUGCCGCCGCCCCCGCCGAUAUCGAUGCCAGCGCCGGCAGCCGUGGAAAGCAAAGAGAAUAGGAAGAUCAGGAGGAAGAAGAGAAGCAAGUCGGCGGCGUUCGCGUGCCUUCUGAACGCUCUGCUUUGCAACCGGAAGCCGCAGGCAAGGUCGUCCUCGGUCGACGCGACGGCGAUGAGGGCUCUGCCGCCGACAGUUGCGGCAGAGCCGGCAUCAGCGAGGUCGAUCCUGUCAUCUCGCGCUUCCCGGCGGGACUCCGCGGCGGCCGCUGGCGGGUUUCUGACUCCCGGGAGGCGGGCCGUGAGGUUUUCUCCGGCGGUGGAGGUCGUGGUGGACGAGGAGGAGCACGGCCAUGGAGCCAGGACGACGGGGAGGCUACGCGACGCUAGCGGGAGCGGGACGGAGUCGUCGGCGGCUGCUGAUGCGGAGCGGAGGGUGGAGGAACUGCUGCGCGCGCUGAGCGUGGCGGAGGAGAGGGAGCGGGCCAAGGAGAGCAGCGAGUCCAGCUCCGACCUGUUCGAGCUCGAGAGCUUGCCGCCCGCGAUCGCCGACACCGAGUUGGCCCGGACGACAGUCGCCGCCGCUGGAUUGGCACCGCCGAGGCGUCGCGUUCUGCUAGACGAGAUGGUUGUAUAG